AUGUCUUCGUUUUCCUCUAACAUUGCCAGCGCCGUCGAAGAGUGGAACCGCUCACAAGCGUGGGACAACAUUCGAGCAUCUACUACUAGGGAUGCCGCCCUCGAACAGACUCAAGAUACCUCUCCCACUUCUAUUCACCAUUUCCCGAACGAAUUGCUCGAGACUUUUUUUGCUCUCGCCAUUACACCACCCACUCUCUCUGAACCUCCAGAAGGCGAACCACAAAUCACCUCUCCUACCACAUUCUUACAUGUUUGUCGUCGAUGGAGACAUGUCGCACUUGAGACUGGUAGACUUUGGACCUCUGUCAUCCUGACCUUCCCUACUUCGACUGCGCAGGUUACCCGUAUGUUGCACUGGCUGCAGCGCUCGCAAACUUGCGCACUCGAUAUUCUAUUUGAUUUUCGUGACCCGGACUGGGUUGUCAUUGACGAAGAAGACGAGCAUGAGUUUACGGCUGCCGAUAUCGAUGCCGUUCUCAACAUUCCGCUAGUGCGAGAGAGUGUAUAUCGCUGGCGCUCGUUGGAACUUCUGGUGGAUACAUGGCACCCGAUGCUUUCCUUCCUGCAACACACACAGCAAUUCGGGCAAGACAUGACAAACCUCGAGACUCUGCGGCUGGCGCGCUGCAAUGCUUACUUUGCAUGCCACGAACAACCAUUCCAACCAGCCACACUCAAUAUUUCUCUGCCUUUAUUCGGUCCCAACUUCACUUCGUGUCAUCUUCGGGAGGUCUCCUUUGUCGGAGUACACGUUGACUGGGAGUUAGCAGAGCUUUCCCUCAUUGGUCUGACCUCUUUGGAGCUCAAGUACCAGGCACAGGAUGUCAUGCCCACUAUUCCCAGCUUAGCCCGCAUCUUACGAGGGAAUCCUCUGCUGGAGAAGUUGUCGAUUAUGGGUCAUGUCCCUCAAGGCCAAUCGAAUGUCAAUAAGGAGCCAAUUCUCCAUCUGCCCCACGUUUCAGAAUUCAUCUUUGGCUUCGUGGACGUGGAGCUUGGGAUUAAUUUCAUGCAGACUUUUUCGUUCCCUGCUCUUCGGGUGCUUACACUGGAGAAUGUUGGGAUUUCACUUCGAGAUGAAGAUGCCGAAAAUUCUGAAUCUUUCUUUGUCUGGCUGUGUCGCUCCCCCUCCACCCUCAAUCUCCCCUCUAUCACCAACCUCGCGUUAAUUUCGAUCCAUAUAUCGAGUACCUUAUUCGACAGUCUGUUCAGAUCUCUUCCGCAGCUUAGAGUCCUGCAUCUCAGCGGUCUCGUGCCGGAUGGGCAUCAAUGUGCACUCUCGGUGAUCAGGACUCAGAACUUAGCGCGACUGCAUUCUGUCAUUGUCAAGCAAAAUGCUUCGAGCCCACUCUCUAUGCACACGAGUUUCGAUCUCGAGACGUCCGACUAA